AUGUGCCGAAGCACCACCUUGACGACGACAAGCGACGAUCGCUACGACUACGAGACACCUUGGGACGAAGAAGGGCCUCCCCCAGAAGACCGCGAGGUGCCAGGGUGGAGAGGCGACCCGUCGGAGACGCACAGCGAUUGGACGAUUGAGAUCGUUGCUCGACGUCGCAAUGGCAACGACGAGGUCCAAGUCUAUCAUGUACACAAGUAUUUGUUGAGUUGCGGACAACGAAGCAGCAGCUACUUUGCCAAGCUCUUUCAGAGUUCGUUCGCCGAGUCUCAAGCAUGCACCAGUCGCAUUGAAUUGGACCCGCUCGCCGCCAAGGCUUUCCCCAACAUGCUAGACUUUCUCUACUACGGUACUCACUAUUUUGGCAUGCGAUGGAUGCGCUGGCACGUCAAAGAGUUUGUGGGCAAAGACGUGUCGCUCGGGACGCUGGAUGUCUACUACCGUCACGCCAAGCUCUUUCACAAUCAGGAAAUGCUCGACAUACUUACCCGCUACAUUGGACAAAACUUUCUCGAGAUUCCACCCACGUCCAGCAUUGUCAAGACCGUAGACCCUCGUCUUUGGCUUGGAGCUCUCGAGUGGACAACCACGAAUGACAAGAACUUCGCGACCGAUCAACGCAACGACGACGACAAGGCGACUGCGAUCAGUCUUCAUUGGAGCCAGAUCGUCUCCGAAAUGGACAUCCAGGACAUGGAUUUAGCAUUGUGGGAGGAACUCACGGCUGUCGGGCGCAUGCCUGUGGUGAACACGCUAGUUGCCUUGGACCUCUGCCAGUUGGAAGAGCGAGUUCGCCGUGGACACGACAACGCCAACCAAGACGCGGGAAGAAACAUCACGUCGCUGCAAGAACGAUGUACCACGGCUCUCUCCAAGACAUGGGAUCUUGUUGCCAGCGGGGACAAAGAGACGCGAAAGCUCUUGGAGGAUCAAACGCCUUCAUUCUUGGUUGACUUGAACGAAAAAACAUUGAAAGAGUCGCAGAAAGACUUGGAGGGCCGCUACGAAGCGAUGCUUAUGGAAGAGAAACUCAGUCACAAAGUAACAAGAGGCAAACUGUCCAAAGAAGAACAAAAGCGCCGUUCAGCAGAACGCCUUGCUAUACUUGCCAGGGAUCAGGCUGUGAAAGCCAAGCUAGAGCUGGAGCGACUCAAGCUAGAGCUGGCCGCAACAGAAAUCGCAGUGAAGCAGGCACAAGAAUACGCUGCGAGGAAUGCAACGCUACUACUGCAGUCGGAGCUGGAUGAAUUGAACUGGACCAAACGGGAAUUGCGAAAGGCAAGGAAGAUUCUGCGUCGGAUUCGAGUUGUCCCCCAAGAGGAGACUACUUACAUAGGGUCUGGACAACUGCCCAUGGAACUCAUCGACCAGCUUGUGUACACCGAGCAAUCCCAGAAGGCGCUCUUGUACAAAGUUCAGGGCACCUAUCGACCACUGAUGUACUAUUCGAACGAUCAGGACUAA